AUGGCAGUAUGUGAGUAUGCAGAAAUAAUGCGUCGAAACCUCGAAGAAACUUUAUCGCUGCAGUAUUUUAGAGCCUGGAUAAAGCGUAGGCAUAAAGAGAAAUGCGAUAUUCGUCAUGGAUCUUUAAGCCUUCUUUUUAACUUAUUUGAUAGGUCGAUUAAAAUCAAUCACUUUUACAGAACUUUUAACAUGCAGUCGUGCACUGUUAGUAAAAUGGAAGGUUCAAUGAUGGGUAGCGAAAACAAGGGCAGUGGGUUUAAAAAAACUAUUCUUAUAACAGGCUCUACGGACGGUAUUGGUAAGCAAACAGCGUUAGAACUCGCAGCUCAUCAGGUUCGGUUUUGCUUAUGGAAUGAAAUGAGUCCCAUGAAAAUCGGGGAUGUAAGUGUUUAUGUUGUUAAAGAAAAUUUUGUUAUUGUACAUGGAAGAAGUAAGGAGAAAUGCGAAGCAACGGUUAAUUAUAUUGUUCAAGAAAAUAAACUUCCAGAUAAAUCGAAUGUAGACUACAUAGUGGCAGAUUUUUCUGAUUUGAAGGAAGUUGUGCGAAUGACCGAAGAAGUUGUGAAGCGUUUCCCUUCCCUUAACGUCCUUUUAUGUAAUGCCGGAGUACUCGAACCGAGAAGAGUGGAGAGUCGUAAUGGACUAGAAUUAACCUUUCAGGUAAAUUACCUCGCCCACUUCAUUUUGAUCACGCGUCUCUUGAAAUUAUUGGAAGUAAACGAACCCUCAAGAAUAAUCACUGUUAGUAGCGCGCAAAAAAUUGACUGGGAUGAUGUUAUGGCGGAGAAGGAAUACGACAAGUACUUACAGUACUCGAGAUGUAAAUUAAUGAACCAUAUGAUGGCACUAUUUGUGCACAAACUGUUUGCAAAACGUGGUUGCCAAAUUAGAGUCACAUCGAACGUUAUUGAGUUAGGCGAAACCCAGUCUGUUUCUCCUUCCGCUAGAUUGUCAGUUAAUGCACUAUCUACAAAUCAAAACCUUUAUCUUAUUCCUAAAGCUGUUGCAUCUUUGUUGGAAUUAGUUGAAUCUCCUGCAUUGACCGCUGUGAGCGGGAAAUAUUUCAACUCUAAAGGAAGGCAAAUACGAAGUGGAGCAGACGCUACUGAUGAAAGACUACAAAAAAAGUAUCCACUCAACUGGAGUGAUAUGGAGGCAAAAAAACAUUACGAGAAGUAUGAGCAGUAUUCGAGAACAAAGCUUAUGGUUCAUAUGACAGCAUUUAAAUUGGCUCGCUUACUUAAUAAUACUGGAGUAACCUGCAACGUUUUGGAACCAGGCGUCAUCGAGACGAAACUGCUAAGAAAUGGCGGUUACAGCGGAGCACCUGUUACUGAGGGGGCUCGAUGUCCCGUCUUUUUAGCUGAGUCUGACGGAGUGGAAAAGGUUAACGGUGCAUAUUUUGAUAGUCGGACCAAGAGAGUUACAAAUUUGAGCGCUGAUUCCACUGAUACCGAGCAACAAGAACGUUUGUGGAAAUUGACUGAAGACUUAUGUAGAGAUAUGGGUUGUCCAUUUUAG